AUGACGUUUUUGAAUAAUAUUAUAGUUAUUCCAUUACUUUUUAAUUUAAUUCAUAACGUCCUUUCUAUAGACCAGGACUAUAAUACAGAUAGAAUCCCGAAAUCUGUAUACAGAAGACAGAACUGCGUACCGAUAGUGUACGUAACCGGUUCUCACUAUGAAGUUGGAUAUAUGGUCGGGCAGACGUUCGGAAAAGUUAUAAGAGAUUUUGUGGACACAUAUGAGCCUUUGAAAGAGUAUUUGAAAAUUUAUGAAACGUCCGCGGAUGGGAGACAAGUGUACAACGAAUGUCUAGAAACGACGGAUAAGUAUUUUCCUCAAUACUUGGUCGAGCUCAAAGGAAUGGCCACCGGCGCUGACGUUCCGUUCCAUAAGCUUUUUCUCAUCCAUUUGGACGAUAUACUAGUGUCAAACGUCCGGGAUACUGGUGCUGAUACGAGUGCCGGUUGUUCUACAUUAAUGGUGAACAUACCGUGCAAGGGACAGUUUAUCGGACACAACGAAGACGCCUUGAAUACGACGAUAAAUCAUUUUUACAUCGUUAGCGCUCACAUCAAGCCGAAUGGUGAAGAAGGUGGUGGAAUAUUUCCGAUAAGAGAAGAGAAAUGGGAAGCAAUGACUUACGCCGGUUCGCUGUCUGGAUACGCGAGCGGUCACAACUACCAUGGUUUGGUGUUUUCGAUCAAUACGAUUUUCGCGAAAAAACUCCGCAGAAAUAAAAUACCUCAGGUUUGUCUGACGCGAGCUCUAUUGGCUUCCAAGGCCAACAUAAAUGAAAUUCAAGAGUUAUUAACCAACCACGGAGCUGGUACGGCGGACGCGUUUCAUGUAAACGCCGGUUUCCUUGACGGAAGCAGGUGUACCCGGGUUUCUAUUCGAUCGAGGUGA